AAGGAGUGCAUGAUGACUGUGAUAAAAUCUUUUCUAGAAGCCCCGUUGUAAUGAUGAUGAGUUCCUAGUAAAACAGCAGUCAAAUGGACCGUCCCGGAGGAGCAGCAGGUCCCUCCUCUCUCGGCCUCUGAUUGGACGAGCGACCUGUCAGUCACGCACAGGCGUCUGUCAUUGACCGGAAUCCCUGAGGCUCUCAGAGCAGCUGUGAGAACAUCCAGCGAGCAAGUCUUCAACAGGAGCGCCCAAAAAAAGUGACUCCAGGACGGUUCAUUUAGCGUUAAAUAACUUUAUUAACCUCUCUGGUACACCUGGAUACAAAUUGUUUUGUGUUUUUCGUUUUUUUUUUCAAGGAUAUACGCGGCUUUGUCUCGCGCGCUCUUUUGGAUAGGUUGAUGAACAACGCGCGCUCCUAAAAAACAAUAUUAAAUAACAAAUACUGACUUUUUUUCUGACGUCAUGAGUUAGAUUAACUACGCUUAAUCUCUUUAGAAUAGUCUAAAGUACUUGUUUUGUCCAGUCGGAGUGUUUAAGUGUUGCGCUGGUGUUUGAUGGAGGAUCCAGUGUGAGGAUCCAGUGUUUGCUGCCCGGAGGAUGCGCUCCGACCGCGGCUCCAGGACUUUAGGCGUCUGCUGCUGCUUCUGGAUGCUGCGGUUCCUCCUGCUCCUCUGAGAGCCAUGGCUUCUGAAGUUGUGUGUGGUUUGGUCUUCAGAGUGCUGUUGCCGGUGUGUCUGGCGGCAGCAUGUCUGUUCAGGUUCAAUGGGCUGUCCUUCAUCUACCUCCUCUUCCUCCUCCUCAUCCCGCUGUUCCCAGAGCCCUCCAGCAUCACCAUGAGAGGCCAGACGGGGUACUUGCUGAAGUCUUUAUGCUGCUGCAGUGUGACCUUCCUCUUCUUCCACAUCAUCUAUCAAAUCACCGUCCACAGUUUGCUGGCAAGAGGAAGAGUCGAUUCUGGAUUCAACUGUUCGGUGUGGGAGAAGUCAAUACGACAGAUUGGUUUUGAGAGUGUUAUCGGGGCAGAUGCAGGCAAUGGUAUCCGAGUUUUCCUGCCAGACAUUGGGAUGUUCAUGGCCAGUCUGGGUGUGUGGCUCCUGUGCCGAAAACUGCUCCACCAACGGCCCACUGAGGAUAUGGCCCAGGACAACCAGCAAUUCCUGUCUGAGGAGAAGGAGGAGGAAAACGAGAAGCUGGAAAAUGAAGAAGAUGAGAAUGAUAAUAAUGAUGAUGAUGAUGAUGAAAUGCUGUUUGACGAGGACUUUGAUGCAGAAGAUGAAGCAGAGGAAGAAGAUGGAGAAGCCGGAAGACUGGAGGAGGAGGAGGAGGAAGAGGAGGAGGAAGAGGAAGUGCAGGAGAGCACCAAGAUGAAGAUCCUGCGCGCGGUUGGAGGAGUCGCUGCCAAACUCAAGGAGAUCAUCGGGAACCUCAUCACUACUGCUGGACAGGUGGUGGUCACUAUCAUGCUGGGAAUGACAGGUGUGACGCUGCCUUCUCUGUCCUCCGCUGUGUAUUUCUUCGUGUUUCUGGGUCUGUGCACAUGGUGGUCUCUCUGUAAGACCUUCGAUAAGCUCUUGUUCAGCUGUCUGUGUGUCCUGAUGGCCAUUUUCAGCGCUGGACAUCUCAUCGUGCUUUAUAUCAACCAGUUUCAGUUCCUCCAGGAAGCCAUAAGUCCCACCGAUGGAUAUACCAGUGUUUUUGGCAUCUCCUCCAUCAUUUACACAGACUGCUCCUCUACAUGGAAGCUUGCUGUCAGGAGUGGACUCAAAUGGCAUCAUUUCGUCAAUCCCAUAAUGAUCCUGGUCCUGUAUUACACACUGGCCACGCUGAUCCGCCUGUGGCUGCAGGAUCCUAUGAUGAUGGAGGACAGCGAGGACGGAGAGGUGAUCGAGGGCAAUGAAGCCAUGGAAAACAACGUCCAUCACACGUCCAUCCGGAAACGGCUGCUCUGGUGGAAAGCGCAUCAGAAAACCGAGGAGAGAAAUCUGAUCUCCACUCAGGAUGGGUACAGCACCUCGGAGGUGUUAGUGGUCACCUCCAAUGGGACGUCGUUUGAUUAUGUGUCCGCCGUGCCCAUCGAGAACGGACCUGUCAGUCUGGACAUUUACUCCACUCCUCAGUACAAAGUGGAUCAGUCUGUCGAAUAUGACGAGAAGACGGAUGAGAACACAAAUGAGGUGCUGGACUCACAGCUGGAGGAGGAAGAGGAGAAGACAGAUGAGGAAGAGGAAGCCGAAGAGGAAGAGCAGGGCGGACCACCGGCAGCUCUCGUCAAAGUGUUCAAGUUCAUCAUGAAGCAGAGCUACAUCUGCGCUCUCAUCGCUAUGAUGGCGUGGAGUAUAACGUAUGUCAGCUGGCUGACGUUUGUCUUUCUGAUCUGGUCCUGUACUCUGUGGAUGGUGCGCGACCGGAGGAAAUACGCCAUGCUGACUUCGCCAUUCAUGGUGGCUUAUGGGAACUUCCUGUUGGUCCUUCAGUAUAUCUGGUGUUUUGAGAAGUUGAAGCCGGUGUCUGGUUUCUUUGUGAAAAUGGAGGUGCCUUUCACUGAACUGAGCACCAAGGUUCUGUGUCAGCUGAGUUUCUGGCUACUGCUCAGACAAACUUUAAUGGAGAGACAAGAAAGGAAGGAAGAAGAAGCAGCACUUUCUGACAUCAAAGUAGACGAGCAGAAAAAAGUGGAAGAAAAAAGUGAAGAGGAAGUGGAUGAGAACGACCUGAUGCAAGUGCUGGGCAAGCUGGUGAUGGCUCUGCUGGUCAAAUACUGGAUCUACGUCUGUGGAGGAAUGUUCUUCUUCGUCAGUUUUGAGGGAGAUAUGGCGACAUAUAAGAUCAUCUACAUGAUGAUGCUGCUGUCCUGCGUCGCUCUUUACCAGGUACAUUAUGAAUACUGGCGCAGGAUCCUGAAGUAUUUCUGGAUGUCUGUGGUGGUUUACACUAUGCUGGUGCUCAUCCUGAUCUACACCAGCCAGUUUGAGGAUGGCAUCCCGACCUGGACCAGGAUGACCGGCCUGGACAAAGAUGUACUGAAGGAUAUCGGUCUGGAGAAGUUCAGCCUCUCUAAUUUGUUCACGCGUAUCUUCAUCCCGACGUCUUUCCUGUUGGUGUGUAUCCUGCAUCUGCACUACUUCCAUGACCAUUUUCUGGAGCUGACUGAUCUGAAAGCCGUGGUCAGCAAACAGGAGAGCACCAUUUACAGCUAUGCUAAAGUCAGUGGUCGUAUCUAUCUGAUCGUGGAUAGCAUCAAGCAAAAAAUAUCUUCUUCUCAGAGCAAAUUGGCUCAUCCCGAUGGGAGUUUGGCGGAUCUGACCAUUGUGAGCUCGUCUCCGGAGCCGCUGCUGAAGGAUGAGAAGGAAAAAGAGUCUCUGAAUGAGGUGCUGGUGGUGGAUUGUGUGGGGGAAGAGAAGAAGAAAGACUCUUUAUCCAUUUAUUCGGCUCAAAUGUCCAGUCAGGAGGACGUUCAUCAGUCCAGUGCUGCCACAGACCCUGAACUGCCUUCAGAACAAAGCUCAGAGAUGAAGAAUAAGUGGCAUCUGGUGGUGGACCGGCUCACAGUGCUGUUCCUCAAGUUCCUGGAGUACUUUCAUAAGCUGAAACUCUUUGUCUGGUGGCUGCUGGAGAUGCACAUCAUCAAGAUCGUGGCCACGUACAUCAUCCUGCUCUCGGUCAAAGAGGUCUCGCUGCUGAACUUUGUGUUUUUGAUCUCCUGGGCGUUUGCGCUGCCGUAUAAGCAGUUUCGAGUUCUCUCCUCCAGCGUCUGCACCGUAUGGACGUGCGUUAUUAUUGUCUGCAAGCUCUUUUACCAGCUCAAAACCAUCAAUCCUGCCAACUACUCCAGUGAUUGUAUUAUGCCCAACUAUACAGAAACAGAAAAAAAGGACAUGAAGACGUCUCUACUGUAUCGUGAUCCAGUGGAUCCUGCUAACUGGGUUGGCCUGCGGAAGUUUGAUCAUGGGAUAAUAUUGCCUAACCUGAGGAAUAACUUGCUGAUGUUGGCCCUCUUGGCGUUCGAGGUUACCAUUUACAGACACCAGGAGUUUUUCCGUCUAAGAAACAAACUUUCUCCUCCUCCUUCACGCACCAUCUUUCAUGACAUCACCCGGCAACACCUUGACAACGGCAUCAUCGAGUGCGCCAAGUACUUUAUUAACUACUUCUUCUACAAGUUUGGUUUAGAGGUGUGUUUUUUGUUGGCCAUCAAUGUGAUGGGUCAGCGGAUGGAUUUCUACUCCAUGGUCCACGGCUUGGCUCUGGCUGUGGUGAUGUUCAGACGGCGGAGGAAAGCCAUCGCUGAGAUCUGGCCCAAAUACUGCUGCUUCCUGGCCUGUAUGAUCACCUUUCAGUAUUUCAUAUGCAUCGGGAUUCCACCGGCUGCUUGUGCAGAUUAUCCCUGGAGGUUUCCCAACUCCUCGAUGACGUCUAAUGUCAUUAAAUGGCUUUACCUUCCUGAUUUCCACACUCCACCCAGCUCCAUGUUCCUCGGCUAUGAUUUCAUGCUGCUGCUGUGUGCGUCGCUGCAGAGGCAGGUGUUUGAUGAAGAAAAUAAAGCCGCCGUUCGCCUGAUGGCGGGAGAUAAUGUGGAGAUCUGCCGAGAUCUGGACGCUGCAUCAUUCAGUGUUCACAACCCGGUGCCAGACUUCAUUCACUGCAGGUCAUACCUGGACAUGCUGAAGGUGAUCAUGUUCAGUUACCUGUUCUGGUUCGUCCUGACCAUCAUCUUCAUCACGGGCACCACACGGAUCAGCAUCUUCUGCAUGGGUUACCUGGUGGCCUGCUUUUACUUCCUGCUGUUUGGUGGGCAACUUUUACUCAAGCCAAUCAAAGAGAUCCUCCGUUACUGGGACUUUCUCAUCGCCUACAACGUUUUCGUCAUCACCAUGAAGAACGUCUUUGCAAUUUUGGCGUGCGGUUACAUCAACUCGCUGGUGAAGAAUAGCUGCUGGUUAAUUCAGCUGCUCAGUCUGGCCUGCACCAUUAAAGACUACCAACCAAAAACAGAUCUGCCUGGAGUUGACUGUGAGCUGCCAAAAGACGAGGCCGGGAUCAUCUGGGACAGCAUCUGCUUCACCUUCCUCCUCCUGCAGAGAAGAGUCUUCAUGAGCUACUAUUUCUUGCAUGUAAUCGCAGACAUUCGAGCCGGACAGAUUCUUGCAUCCCGAGGAGCUGAGUUGUUUCAGGCCAGUAUCGUGAAGGCUGUGAGAGCUCGUCUGGAGGAGGAGAAGAAAUCCAUGGAGCAACUGAAGAGACAGAUGGAUCGUAUUAAAACGAGACAGCAGAAGUUCAAGAGAGGAAAAGAGAAGAUGCUCAGCAUAGCCCAAGAGUCUGGAGACGGAGAGAAACUCAUCCCACCAGUGGACAAUGAGGAGGAGGAGGACGAGGAGAAAAAGAAAAACAAGGUGCAAAAAAAGCAGUGGUGGAGGCCUUGGGUUGACCAUGCGUCCAUGGUUAGAAGUGGUGAUUAUUACCUGUUUGAAACUGACAGUGAAGAGGAGGAGGAAGAGGAGGAGAAAAAAGACGAAGAGCCUCCCAAAAGAUCAGCCUUUCAGCGAGCGAUCAGAAAGUUUGCUUCAGCCCUUGUUGCUUUACCCAGAUCAGUCAUUAAACUGCCCAAAACUAUUCUGCAGUAUUUAAUAAGGGCAGCCAAGUUUGUGUAUCAUACCUGGAUCGCCGAAUCUAAAGCAGCUCUGAAAGAAAGAGGAAAAGGCAAGCGCUUCUGGAAGCGAUACGGUCGCCGGCUUAAAAAAGAGAAGAAAGAAGAACAUGUGGCGAUAGAGAUCGGUGAAGACGAGCGUCAGAGUUCAGAAGAGGAGAAGACAGAUGGACCAGACAACAUCAUCAAGAGGGUGUUCAACAUCAUCAAGUUCACCUGGGCUCUGUUUCUGACCACCGUGGAGAGCAUCACCAAAUGGCUGAACUCAGUCUGCAGAGAAUAUAUCGACAUCUCCACCGUCCUGCGCAUCGAGCGCUGCAUGCUGACCCGAGAAGUCAAAAAGGGGAAUGUGCCGUCCCGUGAGAGCAUCCAUGUGUACUACCAGAAGCAGAUGAAGCUGAAUGGAUCUCGUGAAUCUGGUCUGGACCGCAUCAGUGAGGAGGAUUCAGCCUCAAACAGAGAACGCCGCAGACGCGCACAACACAGUCUGGAUUCAUUCGCUUCCAGAGACAGCAUCUCCAGCGCAUACACCGAAGCCACCAUGCUGUUUUCCCGCCAGUCCACCUUGGACGAUUUGGACGACAUGCCUCAGAAUAUUCCCAAAACCAGCGAACGCGCUCGACCCAAACUGCGCAAAAUGUACGGCCUCGACAUGUCCAACUCCUCUGCGGACAGCGGAAGCAGCGUCAUCUCCAGUGAGGCUACUCAGUGCGUCACGCUGUUUUCUCGGCAAGGAACCAACGACACUAUCGACGAGGCUGAAGACGAGCGAGAACAGCUGGAGCACAAGCAGAAAACAGAAGAAGCAGAACUCAGAGACAAACCUGAAGAAGAGCAGGAAGUGGAAAUAAGCGAUCAGGGGAAACAGGAAGUGUUACCGGUGAGCCAUCUGGUGACACAGGAAGUGAAAGAGGAUGUACUACCUGUGAGCGAUCAGCUGACUGGGGAAGUGACUGAGGAAGUUGAAGAGGAGGUGGAAGUAGUUAAGGAAAUGGAAGAGGAAGUAGAAAAGGAAAUUGGAGCAAAGGUGGAAAAGGAAGUAGAAGCGGAAAAGGAAGAGGAAGCGGAAAAGGAAGUGGGUGAGGAAGUGCAAUGGGACUUGGUGGAUCCAGAGGAAGCAGAGGAGUGUGUAAGUGAUGGGGACGGUGGUGAGCAGAUGCAGCAGGAUGAAGGUGAAUGGUCGGGAGUGGAGAACGUGGUGAGCGGUCCGCUGUUCACACCAGACACUGACGCCCCCAACACGUCUGACGCUGACGUGCCGCCCAGCUACAGUAAAGCCGUGAGCUUCGACCGGCUGUCUGUGAGCUCGGACGACAGUGACAGCGACAAACGGCUGAUGCUAAUGACGCCUGACAGCAAAUCUGACCUGGACGACCCUCUGCUGCCCUCCAUGACCACCGACAUGACCGCCAGCGAACUGCUGCUCAACAAAAUGUUCUACGACGAGAUGCUGGACAGCUCAGAUCGCUUCUAUAAGUCUCAGCCGCUGGGUCUCCAGUUGUGUUACGCUCUCUACAACCUGCUGGUGGCUCACUCAGAAAUGGUGUGUUAUCUGGUCAUCAUCCUCAACCACAUGAUCUCCGCCUCCAUGGCCACGCUGGUGCUGCCCAUCCUCAUCUUCCUGUGGGCCAUGCUGUCCGUUCCGCGACCCAGCAAGAGGUUCUGGAUGACCGCCAUCGUCUACACUGAGGUCACCAUCGUCAUCAAAUACUUCUUCCAGUUCAGCUUUUUCCCUUUCAAUCAGAACCUGGAGGUGAACAAGGGCAAGCCGUACCACCCGCCCAACAUCCUGGGCACAGAGAAAAAAGACGGAUACGUGCACUACGACCUGGUCCAGCUGCUGGCGCUCUUCUUCCACAGAUCCAUACUAAAGUGUCAUGGUCUCUGGGACGAGGACGACCCCAAAGUGCCCCGUAAGGAUGAGUGUCCUCGUCAGGAGUCUGUGGAUGACGGGAAGCUGUCGGUGGUCAUGUCACCUGAUGAAGACAGGAAGAGUUCUCCGGCGUAUUCACUCAAGUCUAUGAAUCUGGGAAUGUCUGUGGACUCAUCGCAGGUUCACGUACAGAUGCGUUAUCCAGAGCAGCGGCCGUACCUGCGCAGACAGAGCACCAGCGGAUCACACUUCUCCCACAGAUCCUCCGCACGCUCCAAACGCGGCAGCACAAGCACACGUCACAGCACCCAUGGGGAAAACAGCACAACAGAGUCAGAAGUACCACAAAAGAGCCGGAAAGAAAUGAUUAUGGAGAAAAUCAGAGAGCAGCUCAUCAAAGCAAAGGUUUACCUGCUCAAAAGAUUGGUUGAGUUUUAUCAGCCCAUCCGUCAGUUCUUCUACAACCUGGUUCAUCCGGAGUACAGCGCCGUGACGGAUGUUUACGUAUUGAUGUUUCUAGCAGACACUGUAGAUUUUAUCAUCAUCGUCUUUGGCUUUUGGGCAUUUGGGAAACAUCAGGGUGGUGCUGACAUCACUUCCUCCCUGUCAGAGGACCAGGUUCCUGGGCCGUUCCUUGUUAUGGUUCUCAUACAGUUUGGGACGAUGGUAGUGGAUCGAGCCCUGUAUCUGCGCAAGACUGUUGUGGGAAAAGUGAUUUUUCAGGUCAUCCUGGUGUUUGGCAUCCAUUUCUGGAUGUUUUUCAUCCUGCCGGGAAUCACAGAGAGGCGCUUCAGUCAGAACACUAUCGCUCAGCUCUGGUACUUUGUGAAGUGCAUUUACUUCGGCCUGUCAGCCUAUCAGAUCAGAUGUGGAUAUCCAACCCGCAUCCUGGGAAACUUCCUCACCAAGAGCUACAACUACGCCAACCUCUUCCUCUUCCAGGGUUUCCGUCUGAUCCCGUUCCUGACGGAGCUGCGUGCGGUGAUGGACUGGGUCUGGACGGACACAACGCUCAGCUUGUCCAGCUGGAUCUGUGUGGAGGACAUCUAUGCUCACAUCUUCAUCCUCAAAUGCUGGAGGGAGUCUGAGAAGCGUUACCCUCAGCCGCGCGGGCAGAAGAAGAAGAAGGUGGUGAAGUAUGGGAUGGGCGGCAUGAUCGUGAUGCUCCUGAUCUGCAUCGUCUGGUUUCCUCUGCUCUUCAUGUCUCUGGUCAAAUCUGUGGCAGGAGUGGUUAACAAGCCUCUGGAGGUGUCCGUCUCGCUCACGCUCGGAGGACUCCAGCCGAUCUUCACAAUGAGUGCCCAGCAGAACCAUAUCAAAUCCGUCACUGGGGCAGAAUUUAAGAAGUUCACAGAUCACUACAAGUCUAACGCAAAUGCCAUCAUGUUCCUGGAGUCGUAUUUUCCUGAGGAUCUGACAAUAGCACAUCUAGAGGGAAGUUCAAACUCACUCUGGACCAUCAGCCCCCCGAGCAAGGAAAACCUGAAGAAUAUGCUCAAUGACACGAGAGAGCCGUUUCCUCUCACCUUCACCUGGUCCAUUCAAAGGAACCUCAGUUUAGGUGCCAAAGCUGAAACUGCAAUGGGGAAAUACUUCAUUGAGCUGGACGACGAGACUAGAAAAGGUCUAACUGAUCAACUGGGGAAUAGCAGCCAGCGUGUGACAAUCAAAAAAAUAUUUCCAAGGUACAUCAGAGCACCAAGCGACUCCAAUGCCAAACCUAUUGACCAGCUUUACAACGAUGGAGAGUACAUGGACAUCACACUGUUUUUAAAUAAGAAGAACAGCUCAGAAGGCGUUCAGGAGUGGUGGAUCGUCAAUCAGACAGAUUCAGGUCCAUUACCUGGACUCAACGGGUCUGGUCUUCAGAUCUACAUCAUCAGUGACCAAGUCAGUCCACCCAGUCUGGGCUUUCUGGCUGGUUAUGGGAUCAUGGGUCUGUACAUGUCAGUGGUUUUGGUGAUCGGGAAGUUUGUGCGCGAGUUCUUCAGCGGGAUCUCGCACACCAUCAUGUUCGAAGAGCUCCCUAACGUGGACCGAAUCCUCAAACUCUGCACCGAUAUCUUCCUGGUCCGAGAGACGGGCGAACUGGACCUGGAGGAAGACCUUUACGCCAAACUCAUCUUCCUCUACCGCUCUCCAGAAACCAUGAUCAAAUGGACCAGAGAGAAGAGUGAGUAAAAAUAAAAAUGAAGACGAGAACAGAGAGAAGCUUCAAAGCUUAUUUCAGCUCUUGAACUAGAAGAUCCUCCAAACUAAGAGGGAGAAGCUUCCUGAAU